AUGUCCGCGUCGAACCGGCGCAACGGCGGCGCCUCCGUGAUGGAGGUUGAAAUGGAGCAGAGGGGCGCCGCCGCGCAGACGAGCGGGUGUUCUCCGCUGCCUCGCGGCGGGAACUCGGCCACUUCAGCGGCGUUUCUGAACGUCACUUCCGCGAUGCCCGCCGUGGAGAACACCGCUGGGAGUCACAUCCACGUGUGCUACCUCGACGAAGAUGUGACCCAAGCGGCCUGGUACCUCGUGCCGAAUGUCAUGACGCUGAAGCAGAUGUUACGCGAACAGGAUCAGUACGCGGUCGUGUCACCCUCGUCACCGGGCGCUGCCGACCAUUUUGCAAAGAUCCCAUUGCUGCCCCCCGUCGGCAUGCCAGCAGCUACGAAUGCUCCCCACACGCUUCCCUCGGAGUCCACCGCUGAGAAGACGCAUGGUGCAUUCGCCCUCCCGGCGAUCCGGCUGUCCCCUGCCUCUUCUCCCAACUGUGACGCUCGCCCUGCGUGGGUCAGCAUAAAGGCAGCUAAUGAGGAAGAGCUGGGGAAGGUUCUGGAGAGCCUGCCAGUGCAUGUGCUCACACGGCGCCGCAUCAUCUCAGUACUCUGCACCAAUAUGGACGCUGGGGAGCUCAGAGAGCUUUGGAGCGACGACUCCAGCAGCGACACCGAGGAUACGGAGCCCUCAUCCGAGAGGGGGCAUGAAAAGGGUGACUAUACCAGACGCCACAAGACGGUGCGUGACAACUUCCUCGAGUACUUCCCAGCCCACGGCUACGCUGUGCUGUGCCUGCAGGCGGUGGGACUGCAGAGUGUGGAGACAGCGGGACGCGGCGCCAUUCAGAGUGACGGGGUGAGCGCACAUGGCACGCAGCUGCCGUGCACACCGGUGGUGGUGCUGGCCUUCGAGUCGACGCUCUUCACCUUCAGCGCGGGUCGCUUUGGCGGCGAAGGAGACGUGCAGCUCAUCAUGGCGAACCGCGCAUGGCCCGCCGGAUCUUCAACAAGCACUGGUAGAGCUGGCGUGCUGGCACUCCGCUCAGCAGCGAGCUUCGCAGCCUCGCAUGCGUUAUCGGUCAGUACCCACAAGAGCACAGGGUUUGUUGAUACGGCAACAAACGACCCCCCUUUGGCCGUUUGGGAGCGCCAAUUCGACGCGAACCUUUCCCUUGACAAUGCGGGCAGCGUGGCCAGGGAGGGGGUCAACGGAGCAACACCUGAGGCGCCUCAUGGCACACACGCUGGUCGACGGGCGGUGCCAGAACCACUCACAUACCCCGCCGCUGCUGCCGCAGAUGAUUCGCUAUCCUCGUUCUCGGCGGAGCGGGCGAGAGGGGCCCAGCAACCCAUGAUGGCGUUCAGCCCCCCUAACAGAUCAGCAUCGCCGACUUACUGCGAAGACACAGCUAUUUCCGUUGUGUGCAGCUCGCUUGUGUCUGCCAUUAUUGGCUACUUCCAGAAGUCUACCCGUGCGCUGCUCAUCAAGGCAGACCAGCUUGACGAGCUUGUACUUCAAAUUCUGCCUUCGCGAGUUGACCAGGACGACGUGUUGCUGCGCACCAAGAACCUGCGCCACCUCAUAGCUUUCUUCCACAUAGACGCGUUGCAGAAGGAGCGAGUGUUGAAGGAGCUGUUGUUGCCGGCAAUGCGCCUGACACCGUUCUCGCGAUCCUCCGCGGGAGUGGGGAGCUACCAGCGCUCGCUUUCGACCGUCCGAAGCACGGUCCUCAGGCUAUGCAAGGGCCGCGACAUCGUCAACAGGGCGAACAUGACCCUCGUCUGUGGCGUGUCUGCACGCCUCCUGUCGCACUGCAACUUCAUGGACUACAUGAGCCACGUGCACACGCAAAUUACCGUAAUGCUGAUCCCGAUCACCAUCAUUCCAAAUCUGUUUGCCAUGAACGUACGGGUGCCCUUCACCGACGCAGAGACCACGACUCCGUUCUUCUGCAUCGUGGGGAUUACGCUGGGGAUUCUGGUGGUCAGCAUUGCGCCCAUCGUGUACAAGUUCCUCAUAUACAAGGCCCCUGGUGCACUGGCGACACUCGAGUAG